CAAGGGUCGAUUCUCUUGCCCCUGCUGUUCAACAUCUACAUGAAGCUGUUGGGUGAGAUCAUCAGUGGCUUCGGGGUGAGAUACCAACAGUACGCUGAUGACACCCAGCUGUACUUUUCCACCCCAGGCCACCCCAAUGAAGUUGUUGAAGUGCUGUCCCGGUGUUUGGAAGCCGUACGGGUCUGGAUGGGGAGAAACAGGCUCAAGCUUAAUCCCUCCAAGACGGAGUGGCUGUGGAUGCCGGCAUCCCGAUUCAGUCAACUGCAGCCGCGGUUGACUGUUGGAGGCGAGUUAUUGGCCCCAAAGGAUAGGGUGCGCAACUUGGGUGUCCUCCUGGAUGAUCGGCUGUCGUUUGAAGAUCAUUUGAUGGCCGUCUCCAGGAGGGCCUUCCACCAGGUCCGCCUGGUUCGGCAGUUGCGCCCCUUCCUUGAUCGGGAUGCCUUGUGCACAGUCACUCAUGCGCUCGUUACCUCUCGCUUGGAUUAUUGUAAUGCUCUCUACAUGGGGCUCCCCCUGAAGUGCACUCGGAGGCUUCAGUUAGUCCAGAAUGCAGCUGUGCGGGUGAUAGAGGGAGCUACGCGUAGCUCCCAUGUAACACCGAUCCUGCGCAGACUGCACUGGCUACCUGUGGCCUUUCGAGUGCACUUUAAGGUGUUGGUUACGACCUUUAAAGCGCUCCAUGGCUUAGGGCCUGGGUACUUACGGGACCGCCUGCUGUUACCACAUGCCUCCCACCGACCCGUACGCUCUCACAGAGAGGGACUUCUCAGGGUGCCGUCCGCCAAACAAUGUCGGCUGGCGGCCCCCAGGGGAAGGGCCUUCUCUGUGGGGGCUCCCACACUCUGGAACGAGCUUCCCCCAGGUUUACGCCAAAUACCUGACCUUCGGACUUUCCGCCGCGAACUGAAGACACACCUUUUUAUCCGCGCGGGGCUGGCUUAAAUUGAAUUUUAAAUGUUAAAUUUUAUUAAUUUUAAAAGGGUUUUUUAGUGUAUGGUAAAUUUUUAAAUUUUCAGGCUAUUUAAAUAAGUUUUUUAAAUUCCAUUUUAAUUGUAUUUUGUAUUGUUCAUUUUAUUCUGCCUGUACACUGCCCUGAGUCCUUCGGGAGAAGGGCGGUAUAAAAAUCAAAUAAAUAAAUAAAUAAAUAAAAAAAAAAAUAGAAAAUAAAGCAGAAAUAAUUCAUACUAUUUACAUAUUUUACUUCCACACUAGAAUUAGAAAUAAUAAAUUCAUAAAGCAAGAUAUAAUAGUGUAAAUUUACAUGUUAAAAUUCAUUUAUGUAUCAGUGUUCUGUUAAAAUAAAUCUUGUUUUUCCACAUCCAAUUGCUGCAUAGCAAUCACAUGUCUAUAGCUGUCUACAUAUUUUGUUUCAAAAUGGUUAUAUAGAAAUUUGAAGUAGUUUCUCCGAGUGUCUAAUAUCUUUGUGAUCUAUUAAACUAUACCAUGAAUGUUGGUUGUAUAUAAGUCACAGCUGACUUGAGAGAAAAGCCUGGUGAAAACUUUAUAUAAUAAUGUUCUAUUCAGUCCACAGCUCUUCAGAAAGUUUUCCAUAUCAUUAAAGCAAUAUUUAGUUCAAGCCAUGGCUUCAAGCUAUCUUAUCUAGUUCAGGGUUGGCCUUGUUCAGGUUCUAUCAUCCAUUAAACCUAAUUCCUUUCACACAGCAUAUUUAAAGCUUUAAGUGGGGUAUGGCUUCAUUUGACCUAUAUCUGAAUAGGUCUAUCAUUAGUUCUAUAUUUGUUCUUUACUGCAGCAAAAAAAGAGAGACUUAUAGUUGUUAGGGUUUCUAAACUAUUUUUUUGUAACUUAGUUAAUGAAAAAUUAAAUACUUUUGCUUGAAAUGGUUAUGCAUAGUGGUUUUUUGAGCAAUCAUGAAGUGGGCAAAAUAAUAUUUUCAAGAACAAAAUGGUAAGAGAUUGUAUUAUGCUUGUAACCAUUCUCUGCUCCUUAGCCUUCCUAGAGCUUAAAAAAAUUCAGCAGGAUAAUUGAUAAAAAGUAGUACUAUCCUCUUAUUAUGAUAGUUCUGUCUUUCAGAUUUAUUAUUAAGUGUUGAUGGGGUACUACACAGUGUUCACACAAAAAGAUAGAGUGAAUGUAGACUUAAAGGAUAUAUGUUAAAAGGCCAGAUUUUUGAGAUAACUUGUUUUCCCCAAAGUAAGACAUCCCCUGAUAAUAAGCCCAAUUGGGCUUUUGAGCGCGUGGCAGUAAGGUCAAACGCUUAUUCCAGGGUUCAGAAAAAUAUAAGACAGGAUCUUAUUUUGGGGGAAAUACGGUAUACAAAUAUAAGACCAAGAUAGAUCACUUAAGAAUUUUUUCCCACCUUUAACAUAUAAGCUGUAAAAUUCAAUUGAAAAACAAACUGAAACUUUUAAGGGGAAAAAUAACUAUAAAAAACAUACGAUAGCAUGGUUACAUAAGUGUGCACACCCUUAAACUAAUACUUUGUUGAAUCACCUUUUGAUUUUCUGACAGCAUUCAGUCUUUUAGUAGGAGUCUUAUCAGCAUGGUUCACUUUGCCUUGGGAAUAUUUGCCUGCAGUCCCUUGCAAAAGUACUCAAUCUGUCAAAUUGCAAGAGGAUCUCCUGUGAUCAGCCCUUUUCAGUCAUCCCACAGAUUUUCAAUUGGAUUCAUGUCUGGGCCCUUCCUGGGCCAUUCCAAAACUUCAAAUCUAUUUAUUUUAUUUUUUUAUUUUAUUUGUCAUAACAAUAUAUAGAAGCGUCACACAAAAGGUUAUAUAGUAUAUAAACAUAUAUAUGAGGAAAUAUAAGGAGGUAUAAGAAAAACAGUAGGACAUAUAUAUAUAUGAAGAAAAAAGAAAAACAGUAGGACAGGACCGGUAGGCACGUUUGUGCUCUUAUGCACGCCCCUUAUGGUCCUCUUAGGAAUGGGGUGAGGUCAAUAGUAGAAAGUUUUUGGUUAAAGUUUUUGGGAUUAUGGGAAGAGACCACAGAGUCAGGUAAAGUGUUCCAAGCACUGAUGAUUCUGUUACAGAAGUCAUAUUUUCUGCAAUCUAGAUUAAAGCGGUUAACAUUAAGUUUAAAUUUAUUGGUUACUCUUCUAUUAUUGCAAUUACAGCUGUAGUAGUCUUUAACAGGAAGGACAUUACAGUAGAUGAUUCUAUGAGUUAAACUUAGGUCUUGUCGAAGGUGACGGAGUUCUAAGUUUUCUAAGCCUAGGAUUUCAAGUCUGGUGGGAUAAGGUAUUUUGUUUUUUUCAGAGGAGUGAAGAACUCUUCUUAUAAAAUAUUUCUGGACACAUUCAGUUGUAUUGAUGUCAGAAAUGUGGUGAGGGUUCCAAACAGGCGAGCUGUAUUCUAGAAUUGGUCUAGCAAAUGUUUUAUAUGCUCUGGUUAGUAGUGUGGUAUUUUUUGGAAAAGAAGCUACACAAGAUUAGGUUUACAACUCUUAGAGCCUUUUUUGCUAUGUAGUUGCAGUGGGCUUUGGCACUUAGGUCAUUUGAUAUGAAAACUCCAAGGUCUUUAACAGGGUGGGGGUCAUCUGUAAGGUAAUGUCCAUCAAGCAUGUACUUAGUGUUUGGGUUCUUUUUUCCAAUAUGUAAGACUGAGCAUUUGCUGGUUGAGAUUUGGAGUUGCCAAGUUUUAGACCAAGCGGUUAGAUUAUCAAGGUCUUUUUGAAUGGUAGAUGUAUUGUCGGUGGUGUUAAAUAGUUUGACACCUAUUUAUUUCCUUCUUGCUACCCUACCCCAUAUGAAUAAGUUUUUUAAUGUUUGUUUUUAGCAUUGUAUGAGUUGUUUUUGUAUUUUACUGUUGGCUGUAAACCGCCCUGAGUCCUUCGGGAGAAGGGCGGUAUACAAAUUAAAAUAUUAUUAUUAUUAUUAUUAUUAUGAAGAAUAUGGGAGAUUGUUGUCAUAUGUACAACAAUCAAAAGUUGCUCCUUUAAUAUUGCUGUAGGCCUCUUGACAACCUUCUAAACCAGUGUUCUUAUUUUUUUCAUCGAUUUUGGAGGGACAUCUAGUUCUUGGUAAUGUCACUGUUGUGCCAUAUUUUUUUUACUUGUUGAUGACUGUCUUCAGUGUCUUCUAUGCUAUAUCCAAUGCCUGGAAAAUUGUUUUGUAUCCUUCCUGAUUAAUACGUUUCAACCAUGAGAUUUCUAAGCUCUUUGCAGAUCAUGGUUUUUGCUGUAAACGGCAACUCAGUAAAUGUCAGACAAAUCCUAGUAGAGCACCUGAACUUGAAAUAGAUUUGAUCACAGUCACUUGGCAAAUGUGUACUGACCUCUAUUUUAACGUCAAUUUAAAUAUGGUUGGUGUCAGGUGCAAGAAAUCAGGAGCCAAAAGGAUUGAAAUUAAUAUAGAUUUAAUGCAUACUAACAAUUUCUACAAGAAUCUGGACCACUAAUAGUCAAAGCAAACUGACUUAUAAGUCAACAGAAUUCAAGGUGGUUGGACUUAGAUCUUUUGUGGGUAAUGAAGGAAAUAUUGUGCUUGGCAUGUACCUUGGGCUUAGCUUGGUCAUCUCCCCUUCAGUUGAUUAACUCUGAAAAUAGCCACUUUCCUAUUUGUAAGAGGGUGUACAUAUUUAAGCAAGCACAUUAUUAUAAGUUUUUUAGUGUUAUUUCCCCUCAA